AGAUAGUGUGCACGAGGCUGUCGCUGACCUUGGUGCUGAACAGCCAGAGGUUCUCGCGACGUCAGAAAAGCUGGCUGUCUCCACAUGAGACGCGCAAGCCCAGCUCUGUGGUUUAUAGAAGCAACUCCACACACCGCCAGUUCCCGCUUUUGCUGAUUGUUUUUUUUUGUUGUUUAAAAUUAUAUGGUUAUCACCGUAGACGCUUCUAACAUUUUUCUCUUUCGUUCGCUUUAGGAAUUAUCUGUAGAUUUUCAUCACGAUGGCAUUGCAUGCACUUGUACGUGAGGCGAACGAUGAGUAUGUAAUGGUGAAUGGGGAAUCAGAGCUCAUCUGAUUUCUCUCAUAUGUAGGCGUUUUACAGCGAUCGACGCGUGAUAGGCUACAGAUCUUGUCUGCUUUUCUUAUCAAAUAAUCAUAUACAUCGCUUGCUUCACCGGUUUGUUCGGUCACAUUGUACCGUAACAUGAAGCUUAAACAAUAGACAUUUUUUUGAAAAACAUUAAAUUUGGAUAUGGAGUCCGUCAAGAUGAGAGCCAAAGAGGGGAUAAAGGAAUUUGGGGCGAAGACCCUGGGGCAGAUGUACAAGGUGAUGGAGAAGCGACAGGGCACUGGUGAAGUUAUCGAACUAACAGAGGACGGCAGGCCCUCUGAGGCCCAGGAGAAGAAAGCACCCCUGUGCGACUGCACGUGUUUUGGGCUGCCCCGCCGAUAUAUCAUCGCCAUCAUGAGCGGUCUAGGCUUCUGUAUAUCCUUCGGCAUCCGAUGCAAUCUGGGCGUGGCCAUCGUGGGAAUGGUCAACAACAGCACUAUUCACAAAGAUGGGAAGAUCAUCAUCACAGAGAAAGCGAAGUUCAACUGGGACCCAGAGACAGUCGGUAUGAUCCAUGGUUCGUUUUUCUGGGGCUAUAUAGUGACGCAGAUCCCGGGAGGGUACAUAUGCUCGAGACUGGCAGCUAACAGGGUUUUCGGUCUAGCCAUUUUCCUUACCUCGACGCUCAAUAUGUUAAUCCCCUCCGCGGCACGGACCCAUUAUGGACUGGUCAUCUUUGUGAGGAUAUUGCAAGGGCUGGUGGAGGGAGUAACCUACCCAGCCUGCCAUGGGAUCUGGAGUAAGUGGGCUCCUCCUCUGGAGAGGAGUCGCCUGGCCACCACCUCAUUCUGUGGUUCCUAUGCUGGUGCUGUCAUUGCCAUGCCUCUAGCAGGGAUCCUGGUGCAGUACUCAGGCUGGUCCUCUGUGUUCUAUCUCUAUGGGUGCUUUGGGAUCUUCUGGUAUAUGUUCUGGAUCCUUGUGUCGUAUGAAAGUCCUGCUGUGCACCCUACCAUCACCCAGGAGGAACGAGUCUACAUAGAGGAGAGCAUCGGGGAGAGUGCCAAGCUCAUGGGCCCUGCUGAGAAAUUUAAGACCCCUUGGAAAAAGUUCUUCACCUCCAUGCCUGUCUAUGCAAUCAUCGUGGCCAACUUCUGCAGAAGCUGGACCUUCUACCUACUGCUUAUCAGUCAGCCGGCCUACUUUGAGGAGGUGUUUGGGUUUGAGAUAAGCAAGGUUGGCAUGGUGUCUGCCCUGCCCCACUUGGUGAUGACGAUCAUUGUGCCCAUUGGAGGGCAGUUGGCUGACUACCUACGCAGCAGGAACAUCCUGUCUACCACUACAGUUAGGAAGAUCAUGAACUGUGGAGGGUUUGGCAUGGAGGCUACGCUGCUGCUGGUAGUGGGAUUUUCCCACACAAAAGGGGUGGCUAUUUCCUUCCUGGUCCUUGCUGUGGGCUUCAGUGGAUUUGCCAUAUCAGGAUUCAACGUCAAUCACUUAGACAUUGCUCCACGCUAUGCCAGUAUCCUUAUGGGCAUAUCCAAUGGUGUGGGCACCCUGUCUGGCAUGGUAUGCCCAUUGAUCGUAGGUGCCAUGACAAAAAACAAGACUCGAGAAGAGUGGCAGUGGGUGUUCCUCAUCGCUGCUCUGGUUCACUACGGGGGAGUCAUCUUCUAUGGCAUCUUUGCCUCUGGAGAGAAGCAGCCGUGGGCCGACCCAGAGCUGACCAGCGAUGAGAAGUGUGGCUUCAUCGAUGAGGAUGAGCUGGCAGAGGAGACGGGCGACAUCACCCAGAGUUACGGUGCCCUGGGCGGCGGUCCGGCCAAAACGUAUGGUGCCACUACGCAGAACGGGGGCUGGGCUGACAGCUGGGAUAAGAAGGAGGAGUUUGUCCAGGAAGAGGCAGAGGGAGGGCCGUAUGGCUACACGCAGGACCAGGACUACUCCUAGAGACAGGAGACUCACUGACCAUCAAACGGUAGACUUAUUUUGUAUUGUUUACCAGUUUAGACGAAACAAGUCAAAAACCAAACACAAAAGAUAACAAUCCAUUGUUGUAGGUUUUGCACAAAUUCAAAUCAUUAUUUCAAAAUAUAAAAUGAGUUCAAAACAGGAUUUUAUUGUGCAAAUAAAAAUAUUACUAUAGAGAUGUAACACAUAUCAAAUUGGCAGAUCUAUUUGUAAACGUAAUAUGCAUAUAAAUUAUAGAUAUAUUUAUUUGGAGUGCAAUUGUGUGUAAGUGUGAACCAUUUCCACCUCAUCAAUCUGAGCUUCUUCAUUCUGGAGAAGCCUGUUAUGUACGAUCAGACAAGAUUUAACUGGCUUCCUGGAUCAUUAUACCUAACUGGUUCUUAUUACAACUCCUCAUGAGCCAGCCAUUGCAGUGUAAAAGAAACAUGUCACUGUAAAAAGGGGACCUAACCAGGAAUGAGACUGUAUGUCUUAGGUUGUACAGUAUCUCUUCUGAAUGCACUGAAAGUAGUGUGUCCUUUUAAUGCACAAUAUCAUUUUCUUUUCUUAUUAUUAUUGGUGUGUAAAACUGUGUCUUUAACACAAAAAGGCAUAAAAAUACAAUAAUGUUUUGAAGAACGACAUAACACUUUCGCCAGCUGAUGUAAAAGUCUUAAGAUGCAUGAAAGAAAAAAAAAUGACGAAGUGUUGCUCACGUGUUUACUGUGCCAUUUUGAGAGCUUGGGAUAUACGGUUCUAUCUGCAUUUUCUUUCAAAAUUGAGUUAGUAACAUAGCCUUGUUCUGUUCAAUGUUCUCUACCUAUAUACCCCAAUUGAAGUUGUUAAGUUCAAAAGAAUACAAGAUAAAAAUAGCUGACACCAUUCAAACCAAUGAGGGUUUGGAACUUUGAAGCCAAUUAUCUCAGAAUCAUCUUCUUGCAGAUAGAACCUUAUAGUCCCAAGCUCUCUAUUUCAUGCCUAUAACAAUGUUACAUCUGUUGUUAAAAGUGUACGUUUGGAGGUUACAAACAUUCAUAACUCAGUUAUGUAAUUAUUAUGAUCAUUAUGUCAGUUUUAUUGUCUGGUCAAGUCAAGUCAUUUCAAGGCAUUUCAAUGAGCUUUGUUGUUGUUUAAAGGUAAAUGUUUGUCUGAGGUGACUAAAGAAAAAUAACUAUGAUGUAUAAGAGCACAUGGACAAUAUAACCAAAUGCUGCCCGGCACUAUCAAGGGCCUGUGCAAUGCAGAGAAAGACCAGCCAGCCGAUCCAGAAGUAGCCAAUCAGUAUAUCUACUGUACAGACAGUCCGUCAGCAGGAGAUAUGUUUUGCUAAUGAAAAGGAAACAUUUUUAGACUGGGAUAGUGACCCAGAUAGACAAUGUUGUUAAAGAAAACUAUACCUUACCAGUCCAGGAGGACAAUUAGCCAAGUUGGGGAUUGAGAUUCAUAUUACAUAUACUUGUAAAAACAUUAGAGCAUUACAGAAUUGAAAGACAUGACAGUAUAGCUGUGACUGCCUAUGUAAUGUAUGUCACAUUUAACGUUUACCAUUCCUUAAAGAGUAGGUAGACAAUCAAAAGAGCAGCAAGACAUGAUUUAGCCAGUGUGUAUAGAGUGGGAAUGACCAGUGUAGAGAUACUGGGUUCCAGUCAAUGAUUUAUAUAUACACUAGAUGACUGACAGGGGCCUUGUUUAGAAACCGCCGCGCCUCCAUCUUGGCACUCCCCAACAUUGUAAAUAAAUAUUUUGGAAGCUAUAAAAAGGCAUUUAUUAAUGUACACAUUUGUUUUUGCCCUGUUUAUUCUAUUACAGAAACAUUAACGCAUACUGUUAAAUGAUAUUAUGUGAGCUAAACAUUCCAAAAAAUACAUGUAAAAUGUUUUCCUUAAAAGUAUAAGUUACUGUCCCCAUUACAAAAAAAAGAAAAACUUAAAUACAUGUAAUUUUGGCCUAUAAACAUUUAAUUGUAAUACUAUAGAAUUCCAUUAAUUCCAAUGGAGGAUUGCUCCUACUGGGAAGUGCCAAUAUGGCUGACCGGUGGCUUCAAA